GUUCAACAAACUGGCGCCCAUCUUCCUUGAUCCAAAUUACAAACGAUUCUUCAAGAUUGGUGAUUAUUCACCUCCGUUUGGUGUAAAAUCACAAGAGAAGAUUAUAGAUAUUCUUCUGUCAGCAACUAAGUCCUAUGGCCUUGGGAAAGAACUUGACAGUAUGAACUGUAAGACAUGCAUCAUCGUAGGGAAUGGAGGAAUACUCACCAACAAGUCUCUGGGACAGAGGAUUGAUGAGGUUGACGUGGUGGUCAGGUUAAACGAGGCCCCAGUGAAAGGCUUUGAGAAAGACGUCGGUUCCAAGACCACCAUUAGGAUCACCUAUCCAGAAGGGGCCAUCCAGAAGACUGAACGCUAUGAGACGAAGUCCCUGUUUGUCCUCUCUGCCUUCAAAGCUCUGGACUUCAAGUGGCUCCGACACAUGAUCUUCAACCAGAGACUAGUAAGGCAGCUGAAAGUUUUUUUUUAUUUUUUAUUUUACAGCUGCACCAGCAAAUGCAGCAAUAGCAACACAGUUGGGGAUAGGGAUCACUUGCUCAUUCAUUUACUCAGUGUCACUAGGUGGACAGUGAAUGUUUUCAGCCUCUUGUUUUUAUUUUGACCUACCCACCUAUGUUUUAUGUAUGAGUGGAAACACUGCUGCUCCAGUACUGAUUAAAGAUAUACCAGUAUA